AUGUACGUCAAUGGAAUGAUCAGCAAACACUGUCCGAUGGCACCAAGCGAGAGCCAGCUUGACUACCUGGCCGAGCGCGGGCUGUAUUGUGUUGCUGCACCAUAUUUACUGAAGCUCCGACUAGACCCUCAACAGGUUGUUCCGGCUUCAUGGGAGAUGGAUGACGAAUUUGAACUCACCAGCAAUGGAGGUUCGAACUAUGGCGGACCCGACAGUGACUCUACCGAAGAGGUCGACGAUGCGCACAUGUCGCCAACACGCUCUCUGGUGGACGGUCAUGAUCCAGAUAUCGUCAUAAACGAAGACAAUGUGAACGAAGAUGCGUUUAAUCCCGUCAAAGACCAAGCAGCCGCCGCCAUUCGCGGGAAAGAGCGCAGCAAUGCCGAAAGGAUCUCGUCCUCGGGCAAAGCUGUGAGCGAGCAGCCCGCUUUUCGCAGGCUCGAUGGUGGCGACUGUAGAGUCGGUAUACUUGACCAUGGGGAAGACGGAGAAGACGAGGUGCAUGAGAGGUUGCAGGAGUAUGUCAAUGACGCAAGCUUGUAA